AUGAACAACCACCAGGCUGUGAAGCAACAAAUGAACCCUAAGGGGUUGAGGGAGCAAAACAGAAUGGUGACUCCAAAUAAUAACAUGUCAGGGGGGAUUCGAGAUUUAGCCUAUCAAAGGAACAAUGGAAACAACGACAUGGGAAAAAUGAACGUGAACGCCAAUGCGCAAAAACAGAACCCAACAAAUAGCAAUACGUACAACACUUCAAGUAGCAUAAAUAAUAACAACUAUUCUUUAGGUUUAUAUAUUGACAAUCCACAAAAUGCAUUCGUAUUUGACGAGGACGAUUUGAAAACGUUAUUUUCUCAUUACAAUGGAGCAAAAAAUAUAAGAAUACUAAGUGAUAAGGCAGCUGCGCAAAUUACCUUUAAUGACAAGAAUAUGAUUCAGCAAGUGAGAAAAGACAUAAACGGGCUGACCAUUACAGACAUUGGAACGAUUAGGUGUAUUAUACUGAAUGAGGGCAAAACUGUGGAACAAUUUCUGCCCUUUUCGGCCAAUGACCCUGCAUCAGCACAGCAGAAACAGGGUUCCAAUCAGAGUGACGACAACCCAGUAAAUAUGCUGAAGAAGCUGGCGAACUUGCUGCAGGUGGAGCGCGCCGUUGGUAGUAGCAUGGCGGUGAAGGUAAACGAUAACGCAGGAUUAAACGCAACUGCUAGUGUGAACAUGGGUGGAAAUAUGACUACAAAUGCGAAUGUGAGUGCGAAUCCCAUGGCUGGGAAAAACCAAGUGAAGAAUAAAAUGAGUAAUCAACCCAUUUACAACAACGCCGGUAGUCACUUCAAUCAAGUGAACAUGAACAAAGGGGAGCAACCCGACGAGAACAACCCUUAUGCUACGAAGCGGUUAAGUCGAAUUGAACUAAUUGACAUAUUUGGUUUCCCCGUAGAAUUUGAUGUAAUGAAAAAAAUUCUAGGAAAAAAUAACUCCAACGUAUCUUACAUAAAGGAGCAAACUAAUAAUUCGGUAUCCAUUGAGAUAAAGGGGAAACCAUUUAAUGAAGCGCCGAUUGCGGAGCGGAUGCAUGUAUCUGUUUCAUCCGACGAUUUAAUAGGCUAUAAUAAAGCCACGGAGUUAAUUGUAAAAUUGUUGAAUUCUAUUUUUGAAGAAUUUUGCGAUUUCUGUUAUGAGAAGAAUUAUCCUAUUCCGGAAAAUUUGUCAUUUAAGAGACACGAAUAUAUGUAUAACCCUGAUGGAAGUACGAAGUAUGUAGGAUUCAAGGACCAGUGGCAUGCCAUGAAGGACAACUAUAGGACCGAUUACUCCUUUAGGAAAAACAAAGGCUUGCAAAAGAACGACAAGGAUAAGAGGAUGCACGGCGGCAACUUUGGAGGGCACCCCAACUUGAGCAUCGGCUACGCCAACCAGAAUGCUCCCCAAGGGGACUUUAAAGAAAUGAAUUACAAAGAACCCAACCAGGGAAAUUUUCGUAAUAUGAAAUUAAACCGGGUGCGGGAUCAGCACUUGUGA